GCGGGUCCUUCAUUGACAGGACAAACAUGGCGUCCUCCGUGUGGUUCGGGAGGGCAGCCGUCAUGUGCAGGGCUUUAAACUGGAUUUCAGCGCCUAAACCCGUGUCAUCUCUCAUCCAAACAGCCUCGUACAACCCCAAACCUUUAAGACUGAACCUGCGGGAGCCGUACAUACCGGACAAAGACAGUGAGAAAACCCCAGAGUGGCAGAAAACCGCGCGCUACGACAGGAAGCUUUACGGCCGCUAUGGUUCAGCUUCAGGGAUCGACCCGGCUUCACUGUGGCCCACUCACGAAGAGCUGGACAAGAUUAUAGCCGAGGAAAACGAGUGGCACCCUCCUCUAGAAGUGAUGCGACAGAACAUAGUCGCUAGAGAAAAGGAAGAGACGGAAAAGCGCCUGGCCAAGGAAAAACUUAUUGCAGCAAACAUGGCCAAAAUGCCCAAGAUGGUUGCAGACUGGAGACGAGAGAAGCGGGAGGCUAAAGUUAAACUCAAAGAGGAGAAGGCCCGGCGCGCAAAGCUCUUGGCUGAGGCCAGAGAGCGCUUUGGUUACAAUGUGGACCCCCGCAGCCCUAAAUUCUUAGAAAUGGUAGCCGAGAUUGAGAAGGAGGAGAAGAAGAAAAAGAAACUGCUGAAGCGUAGACAGAGAGAGGAGCAGGCAGCUGGGCUUGUCACACCUCCUGCUGCCUCCUCAUAGUCCGAAUGUGUGUGGUAAUGCUUUGGACUGUCAUGGUGGACACUGUGAAUAUAUUUGUACAUAAAAGGACAUUGAUUUGAACCUUCUUAAACCUUCACUUUUGUUUUCCAUGUUUAUGUAUACUGCCAGUGCUUACAAAUUAUCAAUAAAUGAACCAAAUGUGUUGGAAA